CAGCCGAUUAGGUCUACUGCAAUCCGUCGUGCAAAUUUUCCGCCAAAAURUCGCGCCAUUUUAGUGCUGAACACCCCCCAACGGUCUCAAUUUAUUCGAGGAAGUAAAUGAUGGGCAAAAACCAAAAGAUGGGUACACUGUGCUGGCGCGAAAUGAUCUCCAUGACGACCGAGUAGCAUCUUUGUAUAGUUACGCAUGCGUGUAACAAAUCCAAAAUGGCGGGUAAGAAAAAGAAAAAAGACAAAAGAAAGUCUUCUGGUGCUUUGUCUCACAUUGCUUCUCACCUGGUUCCAAGUGCAAUCUUUGCCGCUGCGCCGCGAAGUGCUUCUCCAUCUGGAUCACUGUCAUCAACAUGGCCUCGAAGAUCCCCUGUCUCUCAAGCCAUCGGCUCGGCGGGAAACAUAGGGUGGGCACUUGUUGGUGAUAUGAAUAGAACUCAUUCUCAAGGAUCAGUACAACGUGACCCAUCUAAUCGUCCAGCGGCCGAUUUACCGUCCGUUCAACCACAAGAGGACUCGACGUACGAGAYAGUUGAUGUUGGUACAGAUUAUGACAAAACGACGAAAUUUGCCAAGAAUAAUGGUAGCGAGCAGGGACCAUCUGGUGUUCAACAUACUUACCAUGUACUGGAGGGUGAGACUGCUGACGAGGAAAAACCUGAGCCAGUUUACGCCAAGGUGGACAAAAGUAAAAAGAAAUCCAAGCAAGGCAAUAAAGGACAACUGUCGCAUGACUAUGAUGAUAUUACUGAUGAAAACAUAGCACUUAGCUCUGAAGAUGACUUGACAGAUGUGACUAGUAAUGAUGAGGACAGCUCUUCUACUGCUCCAGUAAAACGAAACUCAAAACGUUACAAAAAGAAGUCAAAGCCUCAGAAAGUCAGAAGACAAAGCAAUGAAGAAAGCAUAUCUGAGGAACAAAGUCCUCAAGAAAAUAUUGAGGGCUUGUUUGAGCAUCAUGUUGAGGAAAGCAAUGAACCAAAAAGGAAGUCUAAACGAUCAAUACAUCUAUCAAAAAAGCGCAAUUCUAUUGAUACUGUAGAUGAUGAGCAUCAAAAUGAUGAUAACAUAGAUGGUAAGACUUCACCAACAGAAACACUAUAUAGUUCAUCUAGUGGAAAGAAGGUUUUCAAAAAAUCUAGUCUUAAAAGAAGAUCACAAGUAGCACCUGAGGAGGAAAUUGAUUUGACUGGAAAUAAUCCACAUGCUGAUAAAGAAAGACAUUUAGAGAGGGUAGGCUUUGAAGGCACUUCACAAAAAGUAGAGCUAUCAGAUAUAUCUGAAGAUGAGGAAGGCAUCACUUUGAGAGGUUAUCCAAUAUCUAGAGACAAAAGAUUUCCCAAUAAAAUGAUUGUUAAUGAAGAAAUAAAAGUGACAGAGUCAGAUGAUUUGAAUUUAGAAGGAUCUCCAUAUCCUAACUCUCUCUUUGRUGAGAUGCCUGAAGAGAGCAUGAAGCACCGUUCUAAGUUGUCACCAAAAAAAUUUGAAAAUAAAGCUGACUCAGCUAUUUCUUUCAAUGAACAAAAGAGGCAACUUGAAGAUUUAAUCAAACAGCAAGAAACUGUUUACAGACAACAAGCACAACAACAAAAAGAACAGCAAAUACAAGCAGCAAAACUAACACAACAACAGCUUGAUCUACAGAAGCAAUUGCAACAUCUAGAACAACUCCAAAGUGAGAGACUUCUCAAUCUUUCUAGUCCUUCAUCUAACCAAGAUUUUAACAUGCCAAAAGACAUGCUUGAACAGCAGGAAAACUUUCUUCGGCUGCAGCAACAACAACAAGCAAAAUAUGAGAGUCAGCAGGAAAGGGUACUUAACCAACAACAGAAGAUUUGUGAUCAAAUAAAAGAUCUAGAAUAUCAGCAGAAAGAGUUUCAGUCAAACCUAAGCAUGUUAAGUCCCAAGGAAAGUGACCUGGCAGAUAUACGGUGGCAAGAGAAGGAAAUCAUAAGACUUUUGAAUGAGCAGCAGUCACAUCAACGGAAAUAUGAGAAGCUGCACAGGCUACAGCAACAACAGCUAGAGCAGCAAGCAUUAAAAUUCCAGCAAGAGAGAAAGGCAUUGGAAACCCAGCAAGAAGCAUUGCAAAUAAAGAUAAAAGAGCAGGAAGAAAAAAGCAAGAAGCUUGAAAUUGAAUUAAAAAGUAUUUCAGCUAUCAAACCUUCCAAGAAAGCMAGAAAACUUGAUGGUUUACAAGAAACUGAAGAUGAUAUUAUUCCUAGCUCAAUAACUGAUGAGGUUGAUGCAAUACCUGUUUCACRCAGUCAUAGCAAGCAGUUUCAGAAGAAGAGUAGUAAGAGUGCCACCAAAUACUCCAUCAGUAGCAAUAUAGAUAUGUUGACACUAGAAAAUACAAGACUGACAGAGCUCAAUGUCUCUUUACAAAAAGAAAAUCAGGUUUUGAGGCAGUUUACUGARUCUAUGGAAAGAGGUUCUGGAGGAAAAUCACUGAUAACACAACAGUUUAUCAAGGAACUGCAGCAAGAAAAUAAAGUUCUGAAGGACACAAUUCACAGACUGAACAUGGAGUUGAGUAGAUAUCAAAUGAAAUACAGACAGGCAACAGCUGAGGAGGUUGAUGACUUUAUAUUUCCUAAAAGCCCAGGAUCAUGUCCAUGGCUGGUCAAUACUAAAUUUUUGGCCCCAUUGUUCGUGGCUUACGAUGACAGACUUAAAGAAAGGGAUGAUAUCAUCAAAGUCUAUGAUGAGGAGAUGACUGCAUUUAAAGCAAGACUCAUGGCGAUUGUGAAAGAAAACCAAGACUUACAUAUGAGAGUUGCCAAGUCCAAGCCAGAUGCACUUGUUUUAGAUGAAUGGCAACAGCUUCAAGAACAAGCUAAACUGGUUGUAGAAGAGAACUCAAUACUGAUGAAGCAACAAGACCUACAGCAAAGAAAGAUCAAAGAAAUGCAUCAAAUUCAUGGCCAAGAUGUUUCUAAGCUUUCACUGCGAAUUACAAAACUGGAAUCUGAAAAGAAAUCCCUGAAAACAGAACUGGAGGACAGUCGUCUUUGCCAGGCUGCCUUACAGCAGAAGUUUGAGACUCUACUGGCACAAGAAGAUAAAAAGAUUCCAAUCGAAGAACACCUAACAAUCAUGGAUGAGUGUAGAAGUAUUAUGGAAGACAUGAAAGAAACUAAAAAAUCAGAAACACAAGACAUGGAGUCCAAACUUGAGGCGGUCAACCAAGAAAAGCAAAAUCUUGCUUCAAGUCUUACAGAUUACAAAGCUCAAAUCUCUCAGUUAACUACAGAGCUUGACAUACACAGAAAGACCCAGAGAAAGCUAGAGCGAAAGAAUUUGGUUCUUCAAAAGAAGCUGGAACACAUCUUAGAACGAGAGGUUACUGCUCAACAAACUCUAGAUGAAGUUUUGAAAAUUGCCGAGAAAACAGCAGAAGAAAGAGAUAGCUUCGAAGAAAUGGCCAAAACCCAGAAAAUGAAGCAGAAAAAAUCUAAGACACUAUUAGAACAAGGAGAUAUGAGCAUCAUUGGUCUUCAUGAGAAACUMAAGUCGAGCAAAAGGAAGUCCAGUGAAAAAGUUGCAUUAAUCACAGGAAAAUUAAAUGAAAAAGAAAAAGAGGUCAACAAAAUCAAGGUUGAACAUGAAAAAGAGGUCAAUAGGCUUCGAGAACUCGUGCGUGAAAAGCAAAAGUGUAUGGAAGAGAUGAUGGGAGAGAGAAGGAUGUUUGACCAGCAACUUGACCAAGUUUGGAAAAAGGCUGACCRUGACACUCAACAAAUGAAGAAAAUCAUUCAAAAGGACAGCAUGGAUGAAACAGUUGAACAAUAAACCAAAUUYGAAUUUUA